AUGCUCUUGGCAAGAUCAAUACUAAAGAACAGACCAGUCAGAAAUCUUUGUCCCACAAAGAUAACAGCCAGGACUGCUACGUCGACAAGUGCGGGCGUCAGGGCCAAGUCAAGAUAUGAUAAAACGAUGGUAAAACCUCUGCUUUUGGUGAUGAUAUUUGGAUCAAUAUUAAACGCAGUGACAGUAGAGAAGAGGAAAACUCAUGAUAUGGAAAGGAAGUAUCACUUAAAAAUCGAUAAAUUAAAAGAGUUGAUACAAAGGGUUCAUGACAAUAAUGGAAAGAUGGACUUUAAUGUAGAUGAUGAAUUGAAACUCGUAAAUCUGUGUCUAGGAAUCAUUAACAAGAACGAGACUACGGUGAAAGCAGACAAGAGUGAUAUCGUGGUUCCUAAGGAAGAGACCUUAGAAGAGAUUUGGCAAAGUAUAAUAGACGAGGCUAAAAGAGAAGUAGUAGAAUCGACUUCCAAUGAUGAUGCUAAGAACAAAGAAGGAAUUGUUACUGAUUUGAAUCUCCUGAAAGAUUUGGAAAAGUCGAAGAAAGAAGAUGAAAAAGUUUAUCUAAAUGGUGAUAUACACAUGAUGAUGAAUCGACCAGGAGAUCUGAAUGAAAUUGCCAAAGAAAAUGCUAAAAUGCCAAAAUUUCUAUAA